AUGCGCUUUUCUCUCGCCCGGCUCUCUCCCCGGGCGCUCAAGCCGUACGCUGCCGAAUUUCUCGGUACGGCCCUAAUUAUUGUCAUCGGUGACGGAGUGGUCGCCCAGGCCCUGCUCUCCGACUACCAGUAUGGCACCUGGCUCUCUAUCAAUCUGGCAUGGGCAUCGGCUGUCUGUCUGUCUGGCUACCUGUCUGAUCCCAGCCCUACCUGCAAUCCCGCCAUUACUCUCAUCCUAGCUUUGGUCCGCCCCCAGCCUGACCAGUGGAAAAGGAUUCCGGGCAAGUUAUUCGCCCAGUUCCUGGGAGGCUUCGUGGCCGCCAUUCUUGUUUACAUCAACUAUCGGUCGGCUAUCCUAGACUGGGAUCCCGAAUACACGAUCCCGGGCGGAUCGAUCCUGAGUCCCCGUGGCCACCAUUCGGCCGGUAUCUUCUGUACCUAUCCAGCUGCGUUCUUCUCUACGAACUGGGAGGCCGUCUUCAACGAAGUGCUCGGAUCGUCCGUGCUCAUGUUCGGUGUUCUGAGCGUGUCCGACCCUGCCAACGCCCGCCGCUUCCACUCGCCGCAACUCUCAUUGUUCCUGCUCCUGGUUGCCAUUGGCGCGGCCCUUGGGUGGCAGACCGGAUAUGCAAUUAACCCGGCGCGAGACUUUGGCCCACGACUCUUCUCCUCGUUUCUCUACGGUCGGGAGGUGUUCACGGCCGCCCGCUACUACUUCGUUGUGCCGGUGUUUGCUCCUAUCCUUGGCUGCUUUAUUGGCGCGACCGUGUACGACUCGCUCCUCUAUGAGGGUAGCGGAUCGCGCAUUGCGGACGCCCUUGACAAGGCUGAGGAUCGGGACGGCGAGCUUCGCCUAGACUAA